AUGGAGAGGAAACAACUCAGCGACGACUUGCUCUCAGCAGCCACCAACGGUUACGCUGAGGUUGUUGAACUCAUCCUUGAUGAGCCUGAGGCGGUUGAUGUGGUGGAUGAGCCCGACAAGGAUGGAAACUCGCCUCUUAUCCUGGCGGCAACCGGCGGCCACGUGGACGUCGUGGAUCUGCUUCUUGAGAAGACAGCCGCCGUGAACCGCUUAGGUCACGAGAAAAUUUCACCCAUCCGAGCGGCUUUGGUUGGCGGACACUCCGAGGUAGCCGAACUGCUUCUCAGACAGCCCGAUUUCAGCAUCAAGGCCUGCGAAUGGACGCCUUUAAACUCGGCCGCCUCGCAAGGUUUCUUGAGGGUGGUGAAGCUUCUUCUUACUGCCGGAGCCGAUCUAGACCAGCUGGACGAUGACAACUCCACUCCGCUGCAUCUCGCCUCUGCCAACGGCCAUGCAAUGGUGGUCAAAAGGCUGCUCCAGAAGGCCAAUCGCCGGGGCCGGACUAACCCGUCUCUGGAGCUGCGCUCUGGGAGUGGUUUGACGCCUCUGAUUGCAGCUGCGACCGAGGGCCACUCACGGGUAGUGCAGCUUCUCCUUGACGAAGGCGCCAACGUUGACGCUGUUGGGAAAAACAACGAGACGGCGCUCAAGGGCGCCAUCAAGAAUGGCCAUGCCGAUGUCAUCAAGUUGCUAUAUGAUUAUAUGAAGGAGCGACGCCCGCGGGAAUACCCACCCAUUGACGACUUUGAAGGCAGUAAGCUUGGGUAG